CCCGCGGACGCAGAGUUCUACUGCUUGGAAUGUGAUUUAGGUCUGACAACGGCUUCUUCAGGUUCAAAAGACAGCAGCGACUGCAUUGAUCCAGGGCUGAUCACAACAGAGGCGACAGACGAAGACACAGUUGUUGGAAAAAGUAUGGCGGAAGAGGGAUUAUCAGACGAGAUCGUCAUCGCCAUAGCCGUCCUCUGUUUCCUCAUCCUCAUCGUUAUAGCCAUCUUCAUUAUAAUCUGUGUUUGUAAAAACAAAAUUUCAUGGUUGAGCUCUAACGAGAUAUCUGAAGAAGAGGUGUCGCACAAAAGUAGGUUUGGGGAGGCAAAAAUUGACUUCAUCACUAAAAAUCUAGACAGAGUACGCUACCAAAGGGGAGCUCCUGCCUUGCGAGACAAACGACACCAGCGUUUGAUUCCGCGUUACCAUGAUGACAGGGAGCGUUACCAUGACGACAGGGGGCGUUACCAUGACAACGUGUCAUACUACGAGGAAGAUCUGGAGUCCCCGAGGCACUACGAGAACGUACCACCAAAGUAUCGGCGGUAUCCAAGAGAAAACGAGAGUUAUGCCCCCUCUAUACAUCUACGCAGAUACGAGGAAUCGUUAACAGAUGGACACUCCACCCGGAGAAGUAGAAAUCGAAGACUAGAGCCUUUGGGUGACCUGCAACCUGAUGAAGUUGUCACGAAACCAAAAUCUAAAAAGAAGCGAAGGAGUGAAAAUGGAAAAUCAAGACACCAGAAAAAGAAAAUUUCUCGUGACUCUGAAGUCCCCGAUAAAACUGAGGUACCAAUGAAUCGACUACCUGACAGUUCUAAAUUGAAGGAUUCGGGCUGGUCGAAUGGUACGGCCAAGGACAAAGUAGCACUUGAUGUUAAGCUGGAGGCGCAUCCCAACGCGUUCAGUGACUCCGAAGCUAGUGACGUUGAUAUAGCCAGGAAAGCGAAAAAGUCCUCACAUGAGGCUUAAAUUACGGUUUUAUUUCUUAGAGGUUGCUUAGAUUAUUUCUAAUUGAUAUCAUUUAAUAAUCUUUUGAAUUAAUAUUAUAUCAGAAUCUGUGUAUGAUUAAUUGUCUGGAAACAGAAUGGCCAGCUUACGGUUCAUCCACAUUGUCUCAGCAAUUAUCCUUCACAGCUGAAGUGGCUGGAUGGUGAAAAAGCUGGAUUAUUGGAACAAUUUUUGAACAGAGAAAGAUUAAUAGAAUCUUGCGCCACCUUGGGGACGAGAUAAAGGAAUCUUAGCCAGAGGGGGAAGUAACUGCCCCAGUACUUGAUUUGACAAACAUAAGAAUAUUUCCUUGAGGGUUGAGAUUCCCCAUCUUACCUCUAGUGGAUCAAUAAUUCUUUUUCUCUUACUCUGUUGACCUAGUCAUGUUUAUAAAGCAAUGUUGGCAUGUUAGGCUCAAUGCAUUGUUGACGUGAAGUUAAUGCCUUGACAGAAAAGUCUCAACCCAAGGGGUAAGAUUCUCAAAUGUCUAGCCAGAGGCUUUGCCGAGGGUCAGAAUAUUAAACGGAGAAAAUAAAAGUCAUCUUCCGUGAUCUGCUAUUGUAGAUGCGCCAUAACACAAUCGUUAUGACGGGGAAAUCACCCCAUCUUCUCCCCAGGGUAAGAUGGAGAUAUAUUUCCCUGACCGGAAGUGUGUAUAUCACUUUCUCCCACCAUUCAUAGGUGUGUCUCCCAUUUUAGCCGGGAAAGAUCAGCUUGUCACCCCCUAGGGGGAGAUAGCCUCGUGCCGAUUAGCACGUGUUCAAU